AUGGAUGUGCCAUGGGCAACAUCACUCAAAGAUAUUUAUCCAGAAAGUGUCUGGGGUAUCCAAAAACAGCGUUGGGAACAUCUCUUGGCCAAAUUCGAAGAACAUUAUGGGAGACCAGCGGAAUUUGUCUCGCGAAGUCCUGGAAGGGUUAAUAUUAUCGGUGAGCAUAUUGAUUACUCUUUGUACGAGGUUCUGCCCAUGGCAGUCACGGCAGACUUGUUGCUGGCCGUUGCUCUCAAGCGUGGCUCACCGCAGCCGCGCUUCCGCAUAGCCAACGUUCGUUCUGAAAAGUUUCCUGAGCGCGACUUUGGCCUAAACAAUGAAGGCGACGUAGAGAUCGAUCCCUCGUCUCUGGAAUGGUCCAACUAUUUCAAGUCAGGCCUCCGCGGGGCGCUCCAGUUGCUUCGGAAAAAUCACCCCAAGUUUGCACUUCAAGGAAUGGACAUCCUUGUGGACGGAACCGUUCCUAGUGGCGGUGGUCUCUCGAGCAGUGCAGCGUUUGUCUGCGCCAGCUCCCUCGCCGUAAUGGUGGCUAGUGGUGAAGAGAAGGUGGACAAGCGCGAAUUGGUUGAGCUCGCCAUUGUUUCUGAGCGCGCGGUGGGAGUCAAUUCUGGAGGGAUGGAUCAGUCUGCGUCCGUGUUUUCGAUAAGAGGCAAUGCUCUCUACGUAUCCUUCAAACCAGAGCUGCGAGCGGAACCCAUAAAGUUCCCUAACGUCAACCCUGAAUUGACCUUUCUGAUUGCGCAGAGUUUCGUAGCUGCGGACAAGCAUGUGACUGCACCAGUGUGUUAUAAUCUCCGUGUCGUUGAGUGUAGCUUGGCCGCGGAAUUUCUUGCCAAGAAACUAGGUCUCAAGCGUGCACUGCCAAAGGACACGAGCCCUUUGCAAGUCAGCCUUCGAGGUUUCCAGGAUACUUACUUUGAAGAGAUUGGCGGUAUACAGGACAACAACCAAACCGUCGUGUCUGACUUUUCCAAGCAGUUGGAGGAGCUUGUUGAGCUCACCAAGCGGACGCUUACGCAAGAGGAUGGCUACACGCGAGAAGAGAUCUCCGCAAUUGUGGGAAUCCCGGUAGAGGAAAUAAACCAGCGGUUUAUGUCUCGUUUUCCAGUCCGUGCCGAGCGCUUCUUGCUUCGACAACGUGCGCUCCACGUCUUCACCGAGGCUCAACGCGUGCUGAGGUUUAGGUCUCUGUUGUCUAAUCCGCCAAGUUUGGAUGAAUCGCUGCUGCGCAGCCUUGGCGCUCUUAUGCAAGAAACACAAACUUCAUGCCGUGAGCUUUAUGACUGCAGCUGCCCGGAGCUCGACGAAAUGUGUAAGCUUGCGCGCGAGGCAGGAGCGUACGGUGGUCGAUUAACCGGGGCUGGGUGGGGUGGAUGUUCCGUCCAUCUUGUACCUUAUGACAAAGUGGACGAGGUGAAGAAGAUGUGGGAGACAAGGUACUACCGCCGGAAGUUUCCCAACAUGGCAGAAGACAAGUUGGCUGAAGCUGUGGUAGUCAGCAAGCCGGGAAGUGGCAGUACAGUUUUCAAGGUCACGGGAAGAAACGUCCUAUGA